ACAAAAGCAUAUUUUAUUUUUAAUGCUUAUAAUGGCAAUAAAAUAUGCUGUGAAGAAAUUGCAGCUCUUCAAUAUGACCGCCAGAGAGAGCAAUUGACACCUCAGAUGAUUUUUAUUUAUUUUUUACACUUUUUACCGGAAGUGCGCUUCCACUACGUCGAGCUUCGCAGCUCACACUAUAAGCUUAGUUUCUAUGUGAUGACUGUAGCAACGAGUUGUGAUUUUAAACCAAAGAAAUGCGGCGUUACAUCCGUGCACUGGCGUUGUGCACGGUGUUUGCCGUGUUUUCGGGCUUGUAUGUUUACAGUAAACUCUUUUACGCGGAUGUGUCGCUCGGUGGGAACGGACCAAAGAGGGUUUUCAUCCCACCGAGAGUUCCCGGAGGCAGGCGAGGUGCUGCGGACAAAACCGGGCACCAAAACCCACGCUGGUACAAUAGGUACAUCAUGCGUCAGUCGGAGGCGGCGGGUGGUGGCAGCAGUGUUCGGAGCAGACCCGAACCCCCCAUGCACCUGGCCGUGGUCGCCUGUGGGGAGAGGCUGCAGGAGACUCUCACCAUGAUCAAGUCUGCCGUGCUAUUCAGCAUCAAGCACCUCCAGCUGCACAUCUUUGCCGAAGAUCAGCUACACGCCGGCUUCGUGGAAGCUUUGGAGUCGUGGCCUGGUUUCAUUCGCUCCAGGUUCAACUACACCGUGUACUCCAUCAGCUUCCCCAGUGACAACGCCGCAGAGUGGAAGAAACUCUUCAAGCCCUGCGCUUCCCAGAGGCUCUUCUUACCUCUGAUCCUGAAGGACGUCGACUCGGCCGUGUACGUCGACUCGGACAUCCUCUUCCUGCAGCCCGUCGACCGCCUGUGGGCGUUCCUGUCCCGGUUCAAUUCCUCCCAGCUGGCUGCCAUGGCCCCGGAGCACGAGGAGCCCCGCAUCGCCUGGUACAGCCGCUUCGCCCGCCACCCCUUCUACGGCAGGACGGGCAUCAACUCGGGCGUCAUGCUCAUGAACAUGACCCGGAUGAGGAGCGUGUACUUCAAGAACGACAUGACGGCUGUGGGGCUGCGCUGGGAGGAGCUGCUGAUGCCUUUACUACAGAAAUACAAACUCAACAUAACCUGGGGGGACCAAGACCUCCUCAAUAUAAUUUUCCAUCACAACCCCGAGUGCUUGCUGGAGUUUCCGUGCCAGUGGAACUAUCGGCCGGAUCAUUGCAUCUACGGCAGUAACUGUGCGUCAGCGGAGGAGGACGGCAUCAACAUACUGCAUGGGAACAGAGGGGUCUACCACGACCACAAACAACCUGCCUUCAGGGCGGUUUACGACGCCAUACGGAAGUACCCCUUCGGAGCCGACCCCGUGCCGUCGCUGCUGGGCCCGCUGGAGGAGGCGCUGCUGAGGACGACGAACACUUACUGCGGCAAAUCCCACGAGCUUCUCACCAGGAGAUUGGCCCGCAGCCUGGGAAACAUCCACGUGGCGAGGACGGGCGUGGACCGGGACACGGUGGACUCCCAGCGACGUAGGCCGAGGCCUGGGAGGAGCGCCUAACCCCCCCCCCCCCCCCCCGCAGAGGUGUUUUACCUGUCAGGCUGUUUAUAGCAACCCAUUUAAGAUGUCCCAAAGAUGCCUUCGGUGCUUUGUGGGCAGCUCACGAGUGGGCCUUGAGGAUCGUGGGGGUCAACAGCUGCUCCAUGGACCCAUUGUCUCAAACUGAGACUGACCGGUGCUCGCCUCCUCUUAGGUUGCUCUCGAUAAGAGCGUGAUGUAAAUGUCUGAAACGUGCUCAAAGUGUUCCAUUAUGUGAACACGGCAGAGAAGUGGACACAUGGACAUUUAGUUUAUACCAGAUGUUUCCAUUACAGACUUUUGCAACCUUUGAUAUUUUAUUGACAAGUUGGGGAUUCACUCUUUUUUUUCCAUUUAGAUCUCUUCCAAUUAUUCUGUCUUUUCAGUGUCUUUGGUUGAUGACUAAAGACGAAUAAUCCUUUACGAUGCAAAAUACCUGUUUGGAAGUUUUGGAAGAGCCGCUCUUGACUUUCCAUAUUGGAGAAUUCACGGAAAGAAACUAAAGAAUCAUUUCAGAACUGGACGUGUGUCCAACAGGGCCUAUUUUGAGAGAUGUAUGCACAGGCCCAUUUUUUCUUUUCUUUUUUUUGGCGCCUCAGAAACCACUGCAAGUACCAAAAAACCCGAAAGAGGACACGCUCCAGAGGACGUGGAAUGUUGAUAACAAUUUCUGCCUGUGUGGUUCGAAGUGAAGCCCAUCGGGCCUUCUGUGGGUUUGUAGAGCAGCGUGGGAUCGAACUGUAGUAAAUGUUUGUGCUGCUCGGUUACUUUAUCUGUUACACAGAUGAUCUUGACCCAAUAUAAAAGGAGGAGAGCCUAAGGGCAUGUUUACGAUGUGUGAUUGGGUCGACAUUCAGUUCUGACUCAACGCAAACGAUUGUUUUUGUGUUUUCUGCGUUUACACAUUUCCAGAUGUUUGAACAUGUUUCAUCAAUCAUUCAAUACUAUGAUCUCUUUAUGUUUUACUUUCCAAGAGCAGCUGAUGUUGUCUAUCUAUUGUUGAUUAGCUUAAAAAAAAUGUUAUGCAAGUUUGCAAUACAAAGCCAGGAUAACAUAAUCAAAUGUGAAUAAGCUACAUUUCCUCUAAUGCCAAAGCAUCUUUUUUUACUCCUAUGGGUUUUGAACCGUUGAAUGUAUUUCGAAGGCUAAGGGCUGACAUGUAAAUGCUGUAUCGUGAUGGUAUGGGUGCAUUGUUAAAGUCUGCCUGUUUACUUCUUCAUAAGUCAUGUGCUGUUUUUUUGUUUUUACAUUAAAUACUAUUGUGGUGGAUCGGUA